AUGAUUGCGAGUGCAAAGGACACAGCUAAAUCAACGUUGGUUCUUAUCACUGGUGCAAACCAAGGCAUUGGAUGUGAGACCGCCAAAGAUCUCCUGGUUGACAACUACUGCGAAGAAGCCGCCACGACCUUGCAAGCAAUCCUCGGUAUCGAAAAUGGCGUAUCCUCGAUCCAGACUGACGUUCCCUGCGACAGAUCUCAGUAUGGAAGACUCGACGUUCUGGUGAACAAUGCUAGGAUCAAGGUCUUGGCGAAGUCACCAGACCGGGAGGCCUUGCGUAAGAUCGUGAAUGUGAACGUCGUCGGCGCACUCAGCACAACUGAGGCGUUUCUGGAUACACUUCGCCUGCCUUCUGAGAGAUGUCUCGUAUUUGUUUCAUCCGGCAUGGGAUCCAUCACACACGCAGCAGACCCCACGUCUGUUCUCUAUAGCUCUCAGAUGACUGAAAAUCGGACAAGCAAGGCGGCAGUGAACAUGAUGGUCAUGUGUGUAGCGCGAUUGAGGGACGAGGAGUUCGAAGUUGUUUGCAGGAACCCGAGAAAUGUGGCAGAGCCAGCCGGCGGGGACCAGAGAGUUUCGGUGGCGGUCAAGGAGGAGAAGGUCGCUGAUGUGGAGAAGGUCCUGGGGGUGUAUGGGGCAGGCCCUUUUCGAUGUUGAAGACCUUUGAGGCCAU